AUGUCGUUGUUCAAGAAGAAGGGUCCCAAGCCCGCAUUCAAGCCACGGUUGAGUGAGGUGGCGGCGGAUGACACUGUCAAGACCGCUGGUGACGAGGAUGGCGCAGGAGCCGAGUCCCCCAGCGCGAUCGCAACGAAACUGAAGAAACAGGCAAAGAAAGCAAAGGUGAAGACGCCGCUGAGCUUUGGAGCGGAGGAACAGGAGAGUGAAGGGACGGAGUUCAAGGUCAAAAAGUCGAAGCUCAGUCAGAAGCUCUCGCACGGCAACAAAAGUGCUCUUCCACCCAACUUAGACCAGGCAUCAAUAACACCUCAGAGCUCGGCUCCCAAGUACGACCAGAACUACCUGAAUGAACUCAAGGCAAACACCCCUACGGCGCGUCCCACCUUCGCCGCAGAUGUCGAUCCUGAGAUGGCGAUGGACGUUGACUCGACCGAUAUGGCAGUAUCUGUCAUAGACGUGGAUGCCCUGGACGAGCCCGUAGAGCCCGCACCACUGAUUCCGACUGAGUCAACGGUUAAGGCUGCGAAAGAGCGGCGAGAGCGCUCGCGAAAGACAGGACAGCCUGCCGAUGAGGACUUCAUCUCAUUGUCGUUGGUGCAGCGGGAAACCGAGUACCAAGGCCCCCAUCCAACAAGCCGGCUUAUGCGAGAGGAGGAUGAUUUGGGUGAAGGUGAUGAUGAGUUUGCUGAGUAUACGAGCGCGAAAGACCGCAUUGCACUCGGCAAGAAGUCCCGCAAGGCUGAAGCCGCGAAACGACGAGAGGAUAUUCAGGAGCUGAUCGCUGAUGCGGAGGAAGAAGACGAAGAAGCCAUGGAAUGGGAGCAAGAGCAGAUACGAAGAGGCGGACAGUUGCCCACCGACGUUCCUGGGAAGCCCGCCAAAGCGGUCUAUAAGCCUGCACCAAUACCUCCAUCUACGCCUAUACCAACGCUGGCGCCGGCACUCGCUCGGCUAACGCAGCAGCUUUCACAGUUGACUGCGUCUCACGCUUCCACCACGUCUGCGCUGAACGCAGUUGCGAGGGAGCGAGACGAGAUUGAAGAAAGGGAGAAGGAGAUGCGCGAGAUGGUCGAGCGCGCAGAGGCGAAGCGGGCAUGGUUUGAUGAGUUCAGGGAGUGGGUGGAAAGCGUGGCCGGCUUCUUGGAUGAAAAGUACCCAGCUCUCGAGCGCGUCGAAGAGGAUCAACUUGUCCUCCUCAAAGAGCGGUCUGGUAUCAUUGCCAAGCGCAGACAAGAGGAAGACAUCGACGAUCUCGCCACCUUCCUCGGUCCUAUCCCCCAAACUACCGAAGAGCCCUCCGCCAAAUCUGAUCGCCAGUCGCGCCGUACCACCCGCCUCACCCGGCGGCAGCGGCGGCAUAUUCGUGACACCUCCAUCCAGAACGACGAGGAGGGAUACUCCACGGACUCAUCGUUGCCAGAGGAGGAUGCGAAUGCGUACGACGACGCCGUGGCGAGCUUGAAGAAGAGCCGGAGGGAAGUGCUGGCGGACGUGCGCGCGGAGGAGUUCCGCGAUCCCGGGAGGGGCCGGUGGGGCAGCUGGCGGGAGCACUAUGCGGAUACCUAUGUUGGUGCAUGGGGUGGGCUGGGUGUGGUGAGCGCUUGGGAAUUCUGGGUGAGGUUGGAGAUGGCCGACUGGGAUCCUGUUGAGAACUCGCGCAGCCUUGAUGCGUUCAAGUGGUACAAGGGUCUGUACGAAUACGCGCGGCCAGGGGAGGGGGAGGUGGAGUCCCGCGACCUGGGUCCAGAUGGUGACCUGGUGUCGUCGAUGAUUACCACCGCCGUCAUUCCUCGCCUGGCGAAGGUGCUUGAGGGUGGUGCAUUCGAUGCGUACUCGGAAAAGCACGUCCGCCGGGUCAUCGACUUGGCGGAAGAGGUUGAGGCGAGCAUUGAGCCGGAUAGCAUCAAGUUGCAGAUCCUCCAAAAGGCCGUCAUCACCGUUUUCCAGCGCGCCGUCGCCUCCGCCGAGGGCUUGCUCGUCCAAUACAAGGCUCAUGGCUACUCCCGGCCCUUCGACCCCGAGGCCAUCCCUGCACGCCGGCGCUACAUCGCUCGCCAUGUCAAGCUCUUGCAGAACAUGCUGCGCUGGCGGCGGUAUACCGAGGAGCGUUUUGGCGUCGGCGCGUUAGUAGAGAGGUUGGUGGAGGGUGUGAUUCUAUACGCGGCGGAAGGAGGAUGGGAGGUGGGCGGCGCUGACUUGGCAGGGAAGGUGAGGGAUAUGCUGCCAAAGGAGCUGGUGUCGGCAGGAUUGCGGGCGAGGUUAGGGUAG